AUGCUUGGAACGCUGAGGCCAAGGAUGUCCUUGGCCGUGCGAUUGGGAAGGCGCAAUUUGUAUGAUAGGUUGGGAGAUGGUCAGUCUAUGAUUCAGGGAAUUAGUGAUAUUGAGAGCAAUGAUAAGGCAAUUAAAGAGGCAAAUAAGGAACUUGGCACUGAAGUCACGGCUCUAGGUAAGUGGGGUGAGGCCGCCAAGGAAGUUAUUACCAAGGCGGAGCAGAAGUGUGAGGAGAUACUUAAGAAAGUUAAUAAAUCCGGUGAUAUUUAUGUGAAUGCCCAAGAGUUACAAGACAAGGGUAAUAAGCUUUUUAAUGCUGCCAAGCAGGCCAAGGAGGCUGUUGAGCAGAAUGUCAAAUCGGCGUUGAAGGCUGUUGUGGCCAUGGACGGAGAUCUCAAGAUGGAUUUGAUGACAGUGAGAGAGGAGAUUAAGAAAGGGAUUAAAGAGGUGAUUGAGAGAUUGGGAGUUAAUGAUUUGGGUGAUAAAGUGAAGAGUGAUUUGGUGACGUUGAGGGAUAGGAUUAGUGAUCUUACAAAUGGUGAUUACAAAGUAAGUGCUCUUGUUAGUGGACAGUUGGAGGCGCUCAAACAGAAAAGGCAAAAUGAGUUGGAUAAGAUUGCUGGUGAUAAUGGUACAAUUAAAACUCUGACGAAGGGUCUUGACGCCAAGUUUGAGGAGCAGAUCCAAACUCCGCUUAACAGUGCGGUCAGUGCAGUUGGCACGGCGAUUGGGGCGCUUGGCGGGAAGUUUGCUGAUGCAGACGAGAAGACAUCCAUUAAAGGCAUUUUCGGGUAUAUUCAAAGAAAGGUUGGGGAGAUUAAGGGGAAGGCGGGAAGUAACGACGGAAAUGGUAAAUGGACAGACACGGGCUCAGCUAUAAAGGGCGUUGCUUGUGCGGUGAGGGAGUACGUCACGGACGUUUUCGCAAAUAUGGGGAACAGUAAGACAAUCGAUGACUGGCUUGAGAAGAUUUUGGGGAAGACUGAUAAGGUGAAGGAAUCGGUUAAGCAACCAAUUAAGAGGUGGUUUGAGAAGUAUAUUGAGGAUAACACGGAGCAUUUAAUCAGUUCGUCUAACACUGCAGAGACAAUGCGUCUGAUCAUUAAGGAGCAGACUAAGAGGAAGCUUAAGGAAGGCGUUUAUAACACGGUAAGUGGACCGAAUUCUGUCAAAGCCAACGGCCAAGUUGCAGAGGAUUUGAGACAACUCAAGAAAUUUCUUAUAGCAUACGCCGAUAAGCUUGAUGAGCAACUUAAGCCUGGUGGUGAUGCAAAUAACUUUGUCUCUGGAAUAGUAGGGCAGGUUGGGGAUCCACCCGGCCAAAAUGCCGACAACAAUUUUCUCACAUUCGCCGUCGAAGCGAUCCUUGUCACCAUUGCAGCCAAAGCCAGGCGGGCCGCCGGGGAGAUCGAAUCUCUACUUCUCGGCCCCAGGGUGGGCACCAACGGCUCCAACAACAAAAAAAGCAUUGCAGAGGAAAUAGAUAAUGCUCUAAAGAUUGCUCGGGACCUUCACAGUCAGCUUGACGAUGCGAGUACCAGACCCGGCAUCCCUCCUGGCCAACCCGGAAGCCCCGCCCAAGCCGUGGACACUGCGAUCGGCGGAGUGAAGACAGAGGUUCAGGAGCUUCAUACCAAAUUCACUCAAGUCAAAAAGCAACUUCAAGAAGCAGUCGACAAGCUUCCCCAAGCAGUUACCAAUUUCAACGAUACCGCCGAACAACAGAUCAGGGCUGCGGCCAAAACGGCGAUUACACAGGCGGCAGGGCAGAUUAGUAACGGUAGUACAAUUGAGCUUAGUGACGUCCAGACCAACAUGAAUGGUUUCUACCAAGCUCAUGAGAAGAUCAAAAAGCAACUCGAAGACAACCUUAAGAAGAAAGUGAAUGAGAGCAUUGGGGAGGAUGAUCCGCCAGGUCAGCAAGGUGGUGUAGCAGCUGAGAAAGUCACGCUUUCACAAUUCUUUACAAAAUACAUAACGCACGUUGUGCAAACUUCAGAUGGCCUGAAGCCCGGUAAAACUCUAGAGGGCAAGCUAGAUGAAGGCCUCCUUCCACUGGCGAUUGGGAACAUCAAAGAGAAGGGUCUGGAUGCGCUUAAUAAGACUAUUGGUGACGGUGUCAGUGGUCCAAUUAAAGAAGCAACCUUCACCGGUCCGUUCGACACGAUUCGGAAAGAGCUUGGAGAGAUCAAGAAAUUGGUUGAUGAGAACGGCAAGCCGGCAGGCAGUGAAGAUGGUAUUCAAAAUCACUUGGCGAAUUUGAGGAUUAUGCUUAAUAAUGGAUUCUUUGUUGAUGGGCGUAAUAGCCUUGAGAAUAUCAAAACGGCGAUUGAAAAACUGCAAACAGGGACGUUUCAAAGUCAACCCAAAGAAAUUGACAAAGCCGUCAAAGCAAUUAGGACGCAGCUUGAAGUGCUUAGGAAAAAGUUGAAGAAAGAGAACGGCAAUGAGAACGGUGUUAUUGACGUAUUGACAGAUUUGCAAACCAAGGGUCUCGAACAAGCUACUUGUGGCCUUGGGAAAAUCCAGGAGGAGCUUAAUGCAGAAAAUGAGCGGUUGAAACCAGCAACCCAAGCCAUUGAAAAAGCCAUAAAAGCAAUCAAGUUGGAACUUAAAUAUCUUGGAAUAAGGCUGAAUGAUGAAUUUCACGAUGACUAUGACAUACUGGACUUCUUGGGGAAAUUAAAAAAUAAUAUUGGCCAAAACUCUGCGAAAGAUGGAAGUCUCCAACAAAUUCAAAAAACUAUAAGUGACUUGCAAAAGGAGCAAUUUACUCAGAAACCACAAGCCAUCGAACAAGCCAAGCAAGAACUUGUAAACGAACUCACUGCCCUCCGAGGUGUGUUGCAAGGUAGUCCAGGCAGUGAUGUCAUAAAGUCACUGGAAGAUUUGAAGGAGUUUGGUUUCACCGGCAAAAAUUGGAUUCAAGGCCCAAAUGAGCAAAGCCUUAAAAGCAUCCAAGAUGCACUUCAACAUCAACAACAAACGCUAAACAACCAGCCCACUGAAAUUCAGACAGGCGUUCAAGAUAUUACCUGGGAGCUUAACGCUCUUAGAGAUCAGUUGGAACAUAACGUUACAAGACAGUUGAAAGAUUUAAAGGACAAGGGGCUUGCCGAUGGUCGGUGGGAUGGUGGAGAUGUCAGUGGUCUCACUCAAAUAAAAAAUGAUAUUGAGCAUAUAAAAGAAGAGAAUUUAAAAGACGUCAGACAUCAUCUCGUCGCCCUGUGCAGUGCUGUCAGGCAUAACGCAAGAGAUCUCAAAGACAUUUUAAAAGAAGUCAAGGAAAUAAUGCUUGACAAAGAGCUGAGGAAAUUUUACAGUGAUCUCUACAAUCUGCUAUUCGGCCCGCUGAACAAUGUCAUUCGAUCACUCAAGCAGUUUGAUAAAUACGCCGACGAGGCCUCUAAAAGAAUUAUCGCAGAACUCCACGCAUUCGUCGACAAGGAGAUCAAGGCAGCCGAAGAGACAUUGAUCAGGGAGGCACGCCGGCAAUAUGUCUCCAACAUCAAGGAGCUUUUGAAAGCGUUCGCCCAGAAGGUGGAAGAGGAGUUAAGUCCCUUGCUUCCGUUGAUAGACGAGGAUCUGCAGAUAGGGUAUAAAGGGUUCAUGAAACAGGUUGAAGGCGAAAAAAGCGUGAACAUUAAUAGGCUCAAAGACGUGAAAAGCGGAGGGCUUCAAGCAUUGUCCUCCGCGUUCGCGUACUUUUUCGGGUCAGUCAACGAGCAUCUCCGUGAGGAGAUUGAGAGAGUGAAAAAGCAUGGUGACGACGAGAAGAAUCCCUCACUGCCGAAGUCGGAAGAGCCCUACGCCGCCGAGUGGGACGCCGUGCACAGCGAUGUCAACGCCCUGCUCAAUUACCUCUGCGAGACACAGACCUUCGACCACAGACUCCAAGCGCUGCUCCGCAGCCUCACCGACGCGCUGAGUCACCUAAAGCCGGAGAGCUUCGCCAAGCCCUCGAGUCCCGUGCUGGACGGCCUGGUGGAGGGGCUCACAAGCUUCGCCGACGAGUUCACGUGUGCGUACGUCUCCGCCUACUCGGGCGCACAGUUCACCGCUGACUUGCUCAAACAUGAGAUCCUCAGCGAGACCGUAAGAUCCCAAGGCACAAAGUCCGUCACCGUCAGAAACGUCAGCAGCCUGACGCCAUACGGCGCCAUGUGCGCCAAGGUCUUUCUCACCACGCUGCCCACACUGUGCGACGCCUUCACCAGGCUGGCGGAGCAGUGCGGCAAAGGCGGCAAGUGGAGGGAUCUGAACAUUAAUGCAAGCAGUAAACUCGGCACUUUCCUCCACCGCUGCGGCUACAAGGUCUCCACCUCUCCCACUCAGCAGGACGGCGAGCUGCGCGACGAGUGCAACGGCCGCGACGUGUAUGUCCUGGUCAGCCAGAACAUUAAGGAGACCCAUGACAACGCACACCUCCAAAAAUGCCUCUCCCUCCAACACGCCUGUAAUCUCUUACAGCUCCUCAAAUGCCUCUGCAACCACCUCCAGCAGUACUACAGGACGUGCCACCUCAAGGUGCAUCCCUCACCCCGGCCGCCGUGUUCCAUCUACGAGAUGCUUCAAUGGUGCUGCGGGCUUACGUACAAUCCCGUGUACCUGGGCCUCAACUCCGAAGCGCUGCCGUCGCUGUUCGAGGCGCCGGAUGAGCCGGGUGCCGGCGACUCCGACGUGCCCUUGAUGAACCUCAGCAGCCUGGCGCUGAAGGCCCACCCGCAGAAGAUAACACCGGCGUCCCUAUCCGACGCACUCACGGAGGUGUGCCACCGGUCGCAUUCAGUGCUCACCAUGUUACUCGGCUUCGGCCAUGCCGGAGGCAUCUACGCCGUAGACUUCAACACCAACCCGCAAGGCCUGCUCUACCCCGGCGACGUGGAAGCGCUGCUCUGCCUGCUCUUCGACAUCAUCAAACGCCUCCACCACCAGCUCCAUUUCCUCUACCGCCGGUGCCUCUACAACGCCCGGCACGGCGGAUGGCUCGACUGCUGGUACGGCCGGGGAGUCGGAGGCUCAGCGUGGAGGUGCAACACCAUGCAGUGUGCCAACCAAAUAUGUGACCAACAGUGCAACCAAAGACAUGACCAAAUAUGUAACCGAAAGUGUGACCAACACCCCAAGUGCGGCGUCAAGUCGCCGCUCCAGUCGUUCCUCGAGGACGGCCUGGUGGGCUUCCUGCCACAUACCCUAUCAUCUAGCAACGGCAAACUCAACUGCGCAGUCAAAGGCCAUACCAACGUGCCGUGUAAAACGCCGAUGGGCUUCGCCGAUAUCACCACUGUAGCAUCGCAUAGAAAAACAGGCCGUCAUAUAAGAGAUGUACUUGCUGAGUUCUGCGGCAAAGUGGAAUCACCUCUAACCAAGCUGUGUGCUCAACUUUCAUGCCUCCUCCCUAGUGCUCCCAAAACAUUAGGUGACAUGUUUGCUUUCUACUUCAAUUUGAUCAAGGGCUGCAAGAGCAGCAGCGCUCUUUGGAAAGAUGGGUUCAAUCAGGCCGUCAUCAAGGCCAACUUUAAAGAUCGCACUACAGAAUUGGACAUCAUCCCCAUGCUUGGAUCGGAGAAGCACAGCUCUGGCAAGCACGCAGACGGUGUCCUCCACUCUAUAGUUGGUUGUAAUCAGAUGUCCAAUGCAGCCAACACCUGCGGUCCGUACAUGAAACCGCUAUGCUCUGACACAUGUACCAUGUUUACCAAGAAGCACGCUGAUAAGUAUCUUACGACAGUUGUGUAUCUCACGGAAUCAUUCUACGAUUUGCUUAAGCAGUUGUAUGAAACAUGCAACAGCAACUGUGGUACGACGCAGACAAGAUGCUAUGUAAAGAGCUGUGCAAAUGGCUGCGCAAAGGCGCAACCAAAUGUUAAACCAAACGAUACAAUUCACGAUGCCGCGUGUAGUUCAAUUGUGAGCUGCAAGACGACGCUGCCGACAUUAUACAGCAAUGGGUUUGUAUUUGGAGAUGCAGCAGCGCUGAACACUAUAGGCACCAAAAGAACGUGCGCAGAUUUUUGCAGAACAUUAGAGAGAAUAUGUCACGGCAAAUCCGUGCUUGCAGAUAUGGUAAUUAACAAAAUUCCUGCAUUCUUAUGGAAGAUAAGAUACAAAUUCUUCUACACGCUGCUCACCCUCUGGUCGCUCUCGCUCCUGUACCUGCUGCACAUCGCCGUCGUCCGCCUCGACGUCCUGAGGAUCCGCUCCCACCUGAGAUCACCCGCAAGCCACAGGAUCGCCGCGCAGUCGCUCCUCGCCGCCGCACGCGUCAGGGCACUCGCCAACGUCAGCAUUUCACUAUAA